AUGAAAAAGUAAUAUGAAUAAUUGCAGGUUGAUGAACAGGGUAGGUACUUAGCAAUGGAAAUAUAUAAUUAUUUAUAUUUUGAAACAAAUAUCUAAUAAAAGAUUAAUAAUUUAAUCAAUUGCAAUUCUCAAGAAUUAGAUGAACCUAUAACUAUAUAAGAAUUGGGGAUUGGAAAUAAGAUUAUAAUUGUAUUGUCAUAAUAACAAUUAAAUUAUUUAGGAGAAAAUUAUCAGGAGCUAGAAUGCAAUAGAUUGAUUAAAUUUGGAAAAUACAUAUCAAAUACUUUUUAUUUUGUGGAGAUAUAGAGUAAUAAUCAAUAGUUAUAUAUGGAUGUUUUAGAAUAGCUUAGAAGGAUAGGUUAUGAGAUGGUGGAAGUUUAUGUUAAUAGAAAAAAGUAGAAAUACAAGAAUUAAUAGAUAAUUUAAUUAAAAUAAAAUAGUUGGAAAUUAUGCAUAUAUUCAAAUAUCAAAAAAUUUUAUACCAAAUUAAUAAAUGAUCUCUUAGAAAUGAAAUUUAAUGAAAAGGAGUAUCUCUAAAUAUUUUAAGGAGGCUUAAAAUUAUCUGAAUUAUAAAUUGACAUAGGGAAGUAUUAAAUAAAACAUGAAAAAGACAUAAGUAUGUUGGAUUAAAUAUUAUUGGGAGAUUAGAAUUGUAAUUAUUAUGAUUUAAUAAAUUUAGAUAAAUGUGUAUCUCAUUAGAUAGAUCAGUUUACUCCAGGAAAUUAUUUGACUAUAAUUGUUAGAUGUGAACAAUAAUAAAUAGACAAUACAACUUGUCUUCACCCUGAAACUAGUCUUAUUAGGUAUUUUAUUUAAUAUUAUAUAAUUUAAGAGGUUAUUAUGAAGUACAAGAAAACUAUUCCAAAUUAUAACAAUAAAACUUUUGA